AUGUCUGGGUUGGCAAUUCUACGGGCGAAGGUCGCCAGGCCUCGCUUGGCGAACUGGAGGGCCUUCCGGUUUCGUAGCUUCUGUGGUACCCAUCUCAGGCCAUUUUCGCAGUCGAUGGUGUCCGACGCGGCAGAGCCUCCCGGCGAAGUCGCCCCCCCCCCCGGCAGGAAAAUAUUGGAGGUCUUCAGAGAGGAAUUUGAAGUCGGCUCCCGUACAAUCACUCUCGAGACAGGGAAGAUUGCCAGGUUCGCGAAUGGGUCGGUUGUGAUCGGAAUGGAACAGACGAAGGUUCUCUCCACAGUCGCAUCGGCGAAGAGUGGAGAUGGUCUCAGGGAUUUCCUGCCUCUCACAGUACGCUAACACAUAAUCCAUUUCCUUCUCCGUCUAUCGAAUGUUUUCAGAAAUAUUGAUGAGUGAAUCUUCUUAUCUUUGUUUUUGAGAUUGAGUUUUAUCGAUGGAGUAUGUAAAGGAGCGGCCUUUUAAAACAUCUAGAACAAUAUGAAAUAUUUUUUCGUUUUAUUGAUUACGACUUCUUUAAGUUUGUAUGCACCAGUCUAUCUUAGAACUGUCAAUAGGGGUAGACGCACCUGGAGUUGAAUUCGGGACAAUUUGGUAGAAUUGGAGAUAGAAAUGUGAAUACAUUGAUAAAUAUCGUAUGUGUAUAGAGUAAUGCCUGAAUUCAAAUCAUGUUUGAAUUCAACUUUUCUACCCCCUCGAGGGCUUGAACAUUUAUGUAGAAAGAACAGAGCUCCAUUCUGUCCCGUAUAGUGUAAUGUUUAAAAGAGUUUAUGAAAGGCGGACCUAUACGGUUGUAAAGAAACAUAGUGCCACAUCUUUUUUCUGUGAGUUAAUGCGUAGCCUACCUCGCUCCAAGAUUUUUGAUUCGUUACUGUCAGAAAUGGUGAGGAUCCUGUUUGUUCCAUAUCCCAUCUUGAUGCCAACGCCGUACACAUGGAUCUGGACCCACCUAAAUUUUCGGAACUUCCAAGUCGGAAUCUUGCUUGCCAACAUAAACGUUAAGUGAAUGAUGUGCUAUGAGGAUACUGUGUUUUUCCUUCGGUUUUUGACCUUUUCUACGAUUUUCUAUUUGCCAUCUACUUUUGUACUACUAAAUGCCAGGCCAGAAGAGUCACACUUCUGAGAUUGUGAAACAGGUUGACUAUCAAGAAAAACAGUUUGCUCAGGGUGUCAUCCCCACCACUUUUAUGCGAAGAGAAGGUGCUCCAAAGGAGCGAGAGCUUUUGUGUGGUCGUCUUAUUGAUCGGCCAAUACGACCACUGUUUCCACCUGGGUUUUACCACGAAGUUCAGGUUUGCUCAAAUUUUUACUGUGUUUAAUGUUAUAUCUGGAUUUUCCGUUGUCCUGGUAAAUCCCUCAUGUUUCUGCAUCUUGUUAAUCCCUCCUUCAUUGUAUUUUACAGGUCAUGGUGAGUGUUCUCUCAUCUGAUGGAAAGCAAGAUCCCGAUGUGAUGGCUGCCAAUGCUACCUCUGCUGCUCUUAUGCUCUCAGAUAUACCUUGGAAUGGACCUAUUGGUGUAGUGCGAUUAGGAAGAAUUGAUGGGCAACUUGUUUUCAACCCAACCAUGGAUGAGGUAGUGUUUAUUUCUGUACAGUCGUUUGUUCUUCGAAAAUACAAAAAAAAAUGUUUCGUAUGUUCUUGCUGUAUUAUUAUUCUAUGUGGCAGGUAUGACAAUUUGAAACCUUAUUUUUUUAUUUUGGUUUCUUGAGGUUGUACACUUAUUUUUUCAUUGUUUUCAGACGUAUUCUUUAUAAUCUGUGAAUGGUUGACUUGUGCAGCUUAGCUUAAGUGAUCUCAACUUGGUGUAUGCCUGCACACGGGAUAAGACUUUGAUGAUUGAUGUACAAGCUCGGGAGAUCACUGAAAGGGAUUUGGAAGCUGCACUGAAGCUUGCUCAUCCUGAGGUUUGUUUAAUUCCCGUAUGUUUUAAAAAAAUCGAAGCAUGAAAACUUAUGCACCAGUGAGUGUCUUGAUCUCAUACAGAAAGAUUUGGACGCCGCCAUUGGCCCACACGUUUUUCUAGCUUGGAACAAAAGCUCUUGAUGCAGUUGAGUGUUUUCUGUUCAUUUAUUCGUAGACUGAAUUGAGAUGAAACAAUGUUUUCAUUUAUUCAGGCAGUUAAGUACAUUGAACCUCAGAUUACGCUGGCCAAGAGAGCUGGAAAAGGCAAAAAGGAAUAUAAAUUGUCCUUAAUGACAGAGAAGACGCUGGAGAAAAUUAGUAGCUUGACUGAGGCGCCAAUAGAAACUGUUUUCACUGACCCAACCUACGGCAAGGUAUAAUGAUCGGUAGUUUCUUUUAUUCUUACUUUAAGGAGUUUCAACAUCACACAGGCUAGUUCCUGUUUAUUUAUGAGGAGCUUAUGCUAUUGUUGUAAGCAGCCUUUGAAUGAUGUUUUGUGCCGAUGUUCCUGAGUUAAGUUGUGCCAUGUAUUCCACUUUGUAAAAAGGUAAUAAUGUUCAUAGUGAACUGUUUAUCAGUUUGAGCGAGGAGAAGCCUUGGAUAAAAUUGCACAAGAUGCAAAGCUGGUACUUGAAGAACAAGGCGAUGAAGAGAGCUUAAAGUUUUUACCAAAGGCCGUUGACACUGUUAGGAAAAAGGUAUAUUUUUAUUUUAGUUAACGGAUUAUUUCUUCGUGCUUAUGUUGGGUUUGAUCAAAGUAGACUGGCCAAAUGCUUUCCAACUUUUUUCUUGUGUUAGUCUCUGGAUUAUAACUUAUUUUCUAUAGCCCAAUAUCAUCAAUCAUAAUUCAUUAAGAAGUAGAGAUAAUGAUGCCAAACUUCAAAGGGUGUUAAACUUCUAGUCAGUACAAAAUAAAUAUUAUGUACUCAUUAUCGAAUUGAAAAGAAAGAAAAAAAAAAGGCCGCGAGAGUCAAUUCUCUCCCAGGAAAAAGUAACUGAGCUAGGUCCCCAUUAUCCUUGUUUACGCCCAGAUUUUGACUAUUUCCUGCAGGUCAGUAAUGGUUUUGCGCGACCAUUUAUUUGGCCAAAAUAGUUAAUGUCCAUUUCUGACUAAUUUAUUUUUCGCCCAGCCAGAAGAAUGUCCGUAUCAUUGUAGAAUAUAUGUUUUUUUCCCUUCAAGAUGUUUUUCUGCCUAUUCAAUAGGAGUAGCGAAAAAUCUGAUGGUUCUACUACGGAAACUCAAGCUCCGUAUUUUUUUCAAAAAGAAAGAUGAAUCUGUGAUAUAAGUUUCUGUGGCGGUUAAUUUUUAAAACUUGUCAUGAUGGAGAUAUUGAUCGGAAAAUCUUUCUCUGUUCAACUUUUGAAUCAAUACUAAACAGCCUGAAUUUGAGUUAAUCGCGUUAUGUUCUAGUUGAUUGUUUCGCUGAAAAUCUGGUUCGUAGUGAUUUAUUCAGUCCUAAUUCCAAUUUUCGCUCUUGAUAAAAUUUUAACGAUUUUUAGAGUAAGUGUGGAUGAAAUUGAAAACGAAAACCAUGCACGUGUUCCCUCCGAUGAAUGGGGAGCUGCAAGCUUUUCCUAGAGUUGGAGUCUUGUAAAAGGUAAACGUCAAUAUUAUUGCUAGUCUCUCAUUUUGCUAAGUUAAUAUUCGAACAUGCCCUAAUAUCAUCGCUAUGAGGAAUGGUAUUGGUGGGUGCUCUUGAGCUGGAAUGGGAUACUAUUAAAUAAAGUGAAUAUAGGAGGGGACAGUAUGCAACAAGUAUACUUGUUCUUAUUACAAGAUACAUUACAAACUUGGUGAAAUUUUGAGAUAAGAGCAUCGUUUUGAAGCCAAGUGUCAUGCUCUCAGCUUCCCUACAUUACCUAUCUGAAAAUUGAAGAUAUUAGAUGUAGAAUUAUUUUUUUCAUGUAGGAUUGAUGCAUUCACUGGUAUUAAAUCUCCACUCAUUUCCGUACUUAAAGUUCAUGUUGAACAAUAUCAUUCCACAAUGAAUUGGUGUUACAUUCUCUUUACACACAUUUAGCAAGAAGAGGCUUAGUUCUCUGCUUGUAAACAUCCCUGAUUCUCCUCCUAAUAGGUUUUGCAUACUCUAUCCACGGUAGAAUGGGCACCGUUUGUGUGUCUUCUUGACCAUCUCCGAAGACGUAUGCUUCGAGUGACAUAAUCUAACGGGCCAUAUUCUAGAAGAUUCAUGUUUGUUUAUUGGGUCUCGCUAACACACCCUCAAGUUGGAGCAAAUCUAGAACCUAGUUCUUGCCUGACUACUGAUUUGCAAACGAAUGAUCAAAUAUGAACUUUGAGACUGAAAUCGAAGAAAUAAAUGGUGGAACUGGAGCUUUUGUAAAUGGUAGAGUCGGCAAGGGCUAGUGCUGAACUUGUACUGGAAGAAGCUGAAGCAUAAGUCGGAGUGGUAGAGGCUGCAGUUGAAGCUGGAGUAGGUGAAACAGAUCUGAAAUCGAAAUAUCAGAACUAAAUCUUAAUCCAGAGUAGCUAAUUCACAAUUGAAUCUGAGAAUUAAACCUCGAAAUGGAAGACAGAGAAUUUGCUGGUGGAACUGGAGCCAAAGUACUAUAUGCCGAAGUUGAAACAUAAGCAGAGUAUCCAGGAGAUGAAGCCAGGAUCAGUGAAGAAGUAGAGUGGGCUGCGGGAAGCGAGCAUUUGCUGCCUUGACCUCCAAGAUGAGGCUGGUAGUGAUAUAUGUAGUAGUAGAUGUAGAGGAAGCCAUAACAUUGGUUCAAGAUGUGGCCGAGCCACUGCCACUGUCCUUCUUAUCCUCACAGAUGGAGUGUCUUGUGGGUAACAGCUGCAGUGGCUUGAGAAACACGAGGAGGAAGAGAGAGUACACCAAUCGUUGGAUCUUAAUUCAUGGGUUCCACGGUGGGAGUAAUCGUGAUAUUCCUUAGCGAGGUACUGGUUUAGGUUUCUUUUCUAUUAGUCGAUUGGAGUGUCUUAUCCACACAGUGGAUGAGAUUUCAGGUUCUUGCUGGUUUUAUGAUAUGUUUUUGCUUACCUAACCCAUCAGUUUUGAGCACUCGCGCUGAAAAUUUGAGUUGUUUCAUAAUUCCUGUGGUGAUUUGCACUUAAUCUUGGCAGGUUGUUCGUAGAAGGAUCAUUGAGAAAGGGCUCAGAGUUGAUGGCAGGCGUCUUGAUGAAGUCAGACCUCUGCACUGUGAAGCUGGAACGUAUCCAAUACUUCAUGGCUCAUCACUUUUCUCUAGAGGAGACACUCAGGUGAUCCAAUGCUCGUCUUGCUGCUCUCAUUUUUCUUUCAUCACACUAAUGAAGCAGAAACAGAGUGUUCUUCUUACAGUGCUUUCAGAAAUUCCAUUUGAAAAUUUCAGGUCUUGUGCACAGUUACUCUUGGUGCACCUGGAGAUGCUCAACGGUUGGAUUCCAUUGUCGGUCCUCCCACAAAGCGUUUCAUGCUCCACUAUAGCUUCCCUCCAUUUUCCAUUAAUGAAAUUGGAAAACGAGGUGGCUUGAAUAGACGUGAAGUUGGGCACGGUAUCUUAUUCUCUCUGCACUUAGCAAAAAGAACAUUCAGCUGAUCUUAGAUUUUGAGUCAUUGCACCUUGUUUCCUAUCUAACACCAGUUUUGUAACAUGCUGAUAUUCAAAGAUAAUGAACUGAUAAUUCCUCUUCUUAAAUUGCUUCUUGAGUUUUCAUGUGAUGUUAUGUAGAUAUUUAGACUUCCGAUAAUUUUGAAAUCGGGUGAUACCUCAAACUAAACAACAUGAACAUCCAUUAACCUUGUAAUCAAAUUCAUUGUUUACUGUUCGCUAGAGUGGGAGAUAGAAAUCAAACACUAAUUAAGAUUCUUCUUUUAAUUUAAUGAGGCAAAUCAUGCGCUUUCAUCUACUUUAUUUUUUUUUCUUGCAGGUACUCUGGCGGAAAAGGCUUUGCUUGCUGUAUUACCUCCAGAGGGUGAUUUUCCCUACACCGUUCGUGUGAAUUCUGAAGUAAUGGCCUCGGAUGGUUCAACAUCAAUGGCGAGCGUUUGUGGAGGUAUGGACUCUUGGUUUUUCUUCCCUGUAUAUAAAGGACGAGUUAGCAGCAACUUUAGUGAGGAAAUAUCAAACUAUUUAAUUACCUAAUUUUUUAUCAAGUGAUUUCUUCUGUUGUCUGUGUGUGUACCCUUCUCAUGUCUCCUUCACGAUUUUGCAGGAAGUAUGGCUCUCAUGGACGCUGGUAUUCCACUGAGAGUGCAUGUUGCAGGUGUUUCUGUGGGUCUUGUCACUGACAUGGAUUCAUUGACUGGGGAAAUCACAGAUUAUCGCAUACUUACUGAUAUUCUGGUGAGGAAAGUUGUAGGCCAGCUGCAGUUGUCAGACAAUAAAAACAUAUUAAGCCUGUGAUUGCUUUCCGACUGGUGAUUACUCCAUGAUAUUUAACAACUUUUUCCUGAUCAAAAAGGGUCUUGAGGAUCAUCUUGGGGACAUGGACUUCAAGAUUGCUGGCACAAGGAGAGGAAUAUCUGCCAUCCAAUUGGACAUCAAGCCUGCUGGAAUACCUCUUGGGAUAAUCUGUGAAAGCUUGGAUCACGCAAGGAAGGCUCGCUUGCAGAUACUUGAUCGCAUGGAGGAUGAGAUCAGUACUCCUCGUACACAGGAUGACACCAAUGCUCCUCGAUUGGGUAAACUUAUUUAUUUAAUUACCGGAACUUGAUGAAUAAUGCUUCAAGUCUUAUCUGUAUUUGGUGCUGUUGUAGCCACAAUGAAGUUGAGCAGUUAUUCCCUUCGUCGAUUGCUUGGACCUCAGGGUUCCCAAAAGAAAAAAAUUGAAGAAGAAACAGGUGACAGUCUUUCUGUUGCUGUCUUAAUGUGCUCCAUGUUCAUUACCCUGGAAAAAAAAAAUGUUUCUUGUUUCAGAUUGUUGUGGUUUUCUGAAAAAUAAAAAUUACCCUGGAAAUUUUCUGUUUUUUCUGACGUCUAUGGUGGUGAAUUCAAUUGGUAUAAGAAUAUGCUUGGAGGGAGUGAUUAAAUAAAAAAUACCUUGUAAGGUAAGGUACAUCUGCCAAGAUUAAUAUCCUCGACUGUUGGGCAGUCGUCUCUGAUCCAGCGUUGACAAGUACAGUUGACCUUUAGCAAACUCCUUGCCAUGACCACUUGACCAAAGUCCCCUGCUUGCCUCUAUUGUUGGUUUUCUUGCGGUCCUUCAAUGUUAUUCAUCGUGUAGGCGCACGAUUUGCAUUCAGUGACGGGACGCUUACCAUUGUUGCCAAGGAUCAGACUGUCAUGGAGAAAGCCCAAGAUAAGGUGAGACCACGUGAUUGAGCCCUUCAUAUUUGUUCUAAUUCCUGAUGGAACCCUGUAGCAUGUGAAUAAACUGCUUUAGCGACUUGCAAAGCAUUCAAUCAUUGUUUUUUUUCUCCAGAUUGAUUCACUUGUGGGUCGGGAGAUCGAAGUUGGUGGGAUCUACAGAGGGGUAAUCGGCUCGAUCAAAGAAUAUGGAGCUUUUGUGGAGCUCAGGGGGGGCCAGCAAGGGCUUCUCCACAUCUCUGAGCUGUCGCACGAACAGGCAAUCCUGCGAACUUCUAAUACCUGCAUAGAUGCUUCUUCAAGCCGUGUCUGAGGUCAUCUUCAACCUCCGUCUUCUUCAUCCCUUCCCAGGUUUCGCGGGUCUCGGACAUGGUGUCCGUGGGGGAGGAGCUCUCUCUCAUGUGCAUCGGGCAGGAUGUGAGGGGUAAUAUCAAGCUCUCCCUGAAGGCCACCAUGUCUCCGCCGGGGUCCGAGGACAAGACUGCGCCUGCUCAAGCUCCGGCCAAGCAGGAGAUCAGCGUUUGGGCGUCUGUGGGUGUCGUCUCUGAUGAACUAGCAGGCGAUGGAUCUGAGAAAAAGAAUAAGCUUCCGGAGGAGGGAGACGCUGCCGCCGCCGCCGCCGCCGCCGAAUACUCGGUCCCUUCAAUAGUAAUCCGAAGCGCUGCUGAGUGCGACUCGUCAGAGGAGACCACCUCCGGCGAGGGCAUCCCUCUAGCUACUGAGAAGAACUCAAGGUCUCCGAGGGCGGCCAGAUCCAAGAAUUCAAAAGCACCGUCCGAAGAAGCCUCCAAGAUCAGGAACAUCAUCAGGUCAACGCUGCCGCCCUCGGUGAAGACGCAGAAACGGAGCCUCGGCGGAGGAGAGGAAGCUGGCGGGAAGAGCCGCGGCGGAGCGAAGCCGUUGAAGCUGGGGGACAGGGUGACGGCCAAGGUCUAUCAGGUCCGAGCUCACGGCCUGGUGCUCGAUCUCGGGGGCGGAGUCAAAGGGAUGUACAAAUUCGAGGUACCUUCUAACGCCGUUCUUUCCAGAUCUGGUCUGAAUCUGUCCCCAGGUGUUCAUCUCUCAUCACCUCUCGACGUCGACUCGCCUGGUUAUUCCCUUGGGCAGGAAAACGGGAGGCGAGAUUUUGAGACGGGAGAUGAGCUGCGGCUGAGAUGCUCGAGCUUCUCCAGCAAGGGGAUCCCCGUGAUGUCGUUCCUGGAUGACGACUGA